AGGAACAUAAGAAAGGGGUUCCAGAUUUUCCUACAUGUUUCCCAAGAGUCACCUUGCGCCAAGCAGCCAGAAGACUACAACUCCCAGAGAUCCCUGGUUGCUGCUUGCCCUGAAAUUAAUCUCACCAGAGGAGGUGCUGCCGCUGCGCAGUAUAGCCACCCGCUCUACACCAAGAAGCUUAUAUAUAUAAAAAUUUAUUCCGUCAUUGACCAGCAAGACCGAGAAGCUCUUUAUGAGCAGUGCAGUUCCUCUCCCAGGACUCCUUUGAGGAAGUGGCUGUGUCUUUCACCGACUGGAUCUCCUGGAUGAGAGCCAUACAGCUCUCUACAAAGAAGUCAGGAUGGAGGAGGAUGGGAAUGUGGCCUCUCUGGCAGGUUAUGAACAAGCAAAGGAGAAUUUUGUGGAGCCUUCGCGGGAAACAGUCAAGAUUGUUGUGGAGAAAGAAGAGUUUCAAAAUCAAGGGGGACAGAAAAGGCAAAAGGGGAAGCAAUCAAAGAAUGGGAAGAAGAACUCUGCUUCUCAGGAGGAUGGAAUUUGUGAACUCAUGACGCCUCAAGAAAGCUACAAAGUGAAAAGAGAAGUAAAAUGUUCUACCUGUGGAAAAAUAUUCCGACAUAAAUGUGACUUAAAAGUACAUUGCAGAAUCCACACAGGGGAAAAACCAUUUAAAUGCAUGGAAUGUGGAAAGAGCUUCAGUCAGAAAUCAAAUCUACAUACACAUCAAAAAAUCCACACAGGGGAGAAACCAUACAAAUGCAUGGAGUGUGGAAAGAGCUUCAAGAUUAAAGGACAGCUACAUGCACAUCAAAAAACCCACACAGGGAACAAGCCAUAUAAAUGCAUGGAAUGUGGAAAGAGCUUCUCUCGUGGUGACAGUUUAUAUUUACAUCACAGAACUCAUAGUGGGGAGAAACCAUUCAAAUGCAUAGAAUGUGGAAAGAGCUUCAGUCAGAAAAUACAUCUACAUUUACAUCAAAGAACACACACAGAGGAAAAACCAUACAAAUGUAUGGAAUGUGGAAGGAGCUUCAGGAUUAAUGGGCAUCUACGGGUACAUCAAAGAACCCACACAGGGGACAAGCCAUAUAAAUGUAUGGAAUGUGGAAAGAACUUCUCUUCUAGUGGCAGUUUACAUUUACAUAACAGAACUCAUACUGGAGAGAAACCAUAUAAAUGCAUGGAAUGUGGAAAGAGCUUCAAUCGGAGUCACCAUCUCCGUAUACAUGAAAAAACCCACACAGGGGAGAAGCCAUAUCUGUGCAUGGAAUGUGGAAAACGCUUCAGUUAUAGUAGAAGUCUACAUACUCAUCAAAUAAUUCAUGCUGGGGAAAAACCAUAUAAAUGUAUGGAAUGUGGAAAGAGCUUCAGUUCGAGUGGCUCAUGUAGAAAUCAUCAAAGAACUCACACAGGGGAAAAGCCAUAUCAAUGCAUGGAAUGUGGAAAGCGCUUCAAUCAGAGUGGAGAUCUACAGACACAUCAAAGAACUCACACAGGGGAGAAACCAUAUCAAUGCAUGGAAUGUGAAAAAAGCUUCAGUGAUUCCGGAAGUCUGCAUAAACAUCAAAGAACCCACACAGGGGAGAAACCUUAUAAAUGCAUGGAAUGUGGAAGGAGCUUCUCUCUUAGUGGCACGUUACGUUUACAUCACAGAACUCAUAGUGGGGAGAAACCAUACAAAUGCAUGGAAUGUGGAAGGAGCUUCAGUCAGAGUAGUUCAUAUCGUAACCAUCAAAAAACCCACACAGGGGAGAAACCAUAUCUAUGCAUGGAAUGUGGAAAAAGCUUCAUUCUGAGUGGAAGUCUACGUAAACAUCAAACAAUCCAUUCAGGAAAAAAACCAUAUGAAUGUAUGGAAUGUGGAAAGAACUUCAGAGAUAGAGGUAAUCUACGUAACCAUCAAAGAACCCACACAGGGGAGAAACUAUAUAAGUGCAUGGAAUGUGGGAAACGCUUCAGUCGAAGUGGAGAUCUACAUUCACACCAAAGAAUCCACACAGGUGUUAAACCAUAUAAAUGUAUAGAAUGUGGAAAGAGUUUCAGUCACAGUGCCAGUCUGCGCGUACAUCAAAGAACCCACAUGGGCAAAACCAUAUAAAUCCUUGGAAUGUGGAACUGUCAGUGACUUCAGAAUCUUGAUGAAACAUCAGGUAACUCAGUCAGGGUAACGUAUGAUGCUCAUGGAAGUGUCCCUCUACAAGUUAGAGACCAGUGUUGAAAUGGAGAACCAUUAUGUGUUGUUAUACAGUGCUCUGCUCUUUUACCUGUUUAAUAAGUAGGAGUUGCAUAAGCACAAAUAUAGGUAGGAAUAGAAUACUUGCUGCUUGAGAAAGAAAGGUAGCUGGGUGAUGGGUCAGUAGCCGACCUUUGCCCAGAGUGUUUGCUUUGCCUCAGCAGAGUCGUGGUCAAAUCUGGCAUUGCCUCUGUGGUGACUUAACACCAAGUAGGAAAGUGUAUUCUUUCAAAAAAUGUAAUUCAUUUCUUCCUCUAUAGCCCCAGUGGUGACUUCCUGGCUAGGGGCACAUUAGUCAAUUGGUCAGCCACUGAG